UCUCUUUCUUAAGUCAUUUGAAACACUGUCCCUGCUAGUUUUCUAAGUUUACUGCAACCUCUGCACGGGGGGAGAAAGAGAGGGAGAGAGAUUACCAACACGAGAGCAGGUAGAGAGUAGGGCAAGAUUCCUUCCAGCUUCAACAUCUGGGUCCCAUGAUGUGUAUUGCCAUGGACAGUGGAAUAAAACCAUGCUCUCAAUGAAAGCUGUCAAAGGAAUUAAAAAAGAAAUAAGUAUGAUGAAGAACGAAGAUGCAAAUUGUAGUGUGGACAACACACAAGCUUCUCCCUUUUCUCACUGCCUACAGCCACUGAGUCCUGUUACAAAGCCACACAGAACAACUCAUUUUGGUGAAGAGUUCAGACAGCAUCUUUCACAUUUCCGCUAUGGCCCUCCUCCUCUUGCAGACAUGGAAAGCUUCCAGGGGUCCCUGGAAGGAGGGUCUCGGAAACGCAAAAGCAUGCCAACAAAGAUGCCCCCUUCUAUCGCUCUUGAGGGCUCCUCAUCCCCACCACACAGACUUGAAGAUCAUAAUGACAUAGAUUCUUCUGGUCUUCCUAUGGCGUUUCAACAACCAGCACAGCCAAAGUACAGUUCCCAGAUGAUUGAUCUCUGCAACUUCGGUUUUCAGUUCUACAGAUCUCUGGAGCCCUUUGGAACCAAGUCCAUUAAGCAAGAACCAGUAAAACCUAAUUUGGCAUGGCCCAGUAGUCCAGCAUUUGUGCAGGCUCCUUAUCCUUAUUAUCCUAAAGUCCAUCCUGGCCUAAUGUUUCCUUUUAUUAUGCCCCCAAAUCUUCAUUUCAGGAACCCUUUUCAAAUGAAAAGGCCUCCAGAACCAUCCUUCCGAAGGGCUGAAGUAAGAGAAAAUGGUGAAAAUAAACAGAAAGUAGAAAGAGUGGAUGUCAACCUUCAAAUAGAUGACAGCUACUAUGUUGAUGUUGGGGGUGAACAGAAACGCUGGCAGUGCCCGAUGUGUGAGAAGUCCUAUACAUCCAAGUACAAUUUGGUCACCCACAUCUUGGGGCACAGUGGCAUUAAGCCACAUGCUUGCAAUCGAUGUGGCAAGCUUUUCAAGCAGCUGAGCCACUUGCACACUCAUAUGCUAACACACCAGGGCACGAGACCACAUAAGUGCCAGGUCUGCCACAAGUCUUUCACUCAAACCAGUCACCUUAAGAGACACAUGAUGCAGCACAGUGACAUCAAGCCUUACAACUGCAGGAUCUGUGGAAGAGGCUUUGCCUAUCCCAGUGAGCUGAAGGCACACGAGGCUAAGCACGAGAGUGGCCGAGAGAACAUUUGCGUGGAGUGCGGUCUGGACUUCCCCACACUGGCCCAGCUGAAGAGACAUUUAACAAGCCACCGUGGCCCAAUACAGUACAAUUGCACUGAAUGUGAUAAGACCUUCCAGUACCCAAGUCAGUUGCAAAACCACAUGAUGAAGCACAAAGACAUCCGUCCAUAUAUCUGCACUGAGUGUGGCAUGGAGUUUGUACAGCCCCACCAUCUCAAACAACACUCUCUAACUCACAAGGGUGUGAAAGAGCACAAAUGUGGAAUCUGCGGCCGGGAGUUUACUCUGCUGGCCAACAUGAAGAGACACGUCCUGAUCCAUACCAAUAUCAGAGCCUAUCAGUGCCAUUUGUGCUUCAAGAGCUUUGUGCAAAAGCAGACUCUCAAGGCACACAUGAUUGUUCACUCUGAUGUCAAACCCUUUAAGUGCAAGCUUUGUGGAAAGGAGUUUAACCGAAUGCACAAUUUAAUGGGACAUAUGCACUUGCACUCAGACAGUAAACCCUUCAAGUGCCUCUACUGUCCCAGCAAAUUCACCUUGAAAGGAAACCUAACCAGGCAUAUGAAAGUCAAACACGGGGUCAUGGAAAGAGGAUUUCAUUCUCAAGGUUUUGGAAGAGGGAGAAUUGCUCUGUCUCAGACAAAUGUGUUGAGAAGCUUGGAACAGGAAGAGCCCUUUGAUCUUUCCCAGAAAAGCCAAGGGAAGGGGAUCUCAUUUCAUUCGGAUGGUGAGAGUGCCAAGGGAAGUUCAUGCCAAGAAGAAGAGGAAGACAACUGCUAUGAGACAGAGCAGUACAGCCCUGGUGUGUACCAUCAUGACAACAACAAGCUGUACGUUCCUCAAGAUCUGUCUGGCAAACCACAGUGCAUGAUGAAGGGAUUCAGAGAGUCUUACUGCAGUGAGAAGGAAGAAAUGUUAAGUGAGGGAGGACUGGAGAAGAGAGUAGGAGAUUCUGACAAUCAGGAGAGCCCAGGAGAGAGAGACCUCGGAAAUGACAAGGAGCACCUGAGCUUUAGAGCCUUUGAAAAGGCCAGUCUGGGGCAUUCUCUCUCUGAUUACUUGUAUUUCAAGCACAGGAGCAAGAGUCUGAAAGAAUUACUGGAAAGAAAAAUGGAAAAACAGACAAUGCUUAUAGGCAUUUAAAUGGGUGUUUGUUUUAAAACAGCUGGAAAAUAAGAAACAAAUAGCUUUGAGCAUGAACUGUAAUUUACUAGAGGUUGGAAUUUUGCAGUAGUCUUUACAAAUGAACAAGCCCGAACAAUAAAAAUAUAUUAAAGUAAAAAACAUACAUGAAAAGAACAAAGCAGUCCACAAAGAUCAAGAAACACAUUAGAUUUUGAACUGUAAGAUUUUUAUACUUAUCCAUUUGGCAUACAGCAGACGAUAGGAUGGGUAUAGAAGUUUAUUUUCCUCUAUCUGGUAUCUGGGGUGGUAUGUAUUACACUCCAUUUUGUAGUUAUCAGAAAGAAAACACUGUAGUGUUUCAUUUAUUAUCUUCCUAAAUAUAUUCAACCACUUCUAACCACAGUUCUCAAAAAAUUUGAAAAUACUAGGUAUUUCACAGCAUAAGCAAGAGAACUGCUUAUGGUGUACAAAAAAUGCCAUCCACCUCAGAUCACUUCAUAUACUGCUAUGACUUACAAUGAGGAAUGGGAAAAAAGUUAUGAAGAAAUGCUAACAUCUUCAUUUUGUGAGUCAGUGAAGUGUAGAGGUCUAAGACGUUGGAAGGGCUGGAAUUCUUUAUGGUCACAGAAGCUUUUUCUCUGGCAAAAGGAUUGCCUGUGUUUUGCUGUUUCAGUCAGUAUGGAAGCUUUCAGCAGUUCUUCAAAUGAAAUGGCAUGAACUGUGUUGACAUUUUGUUCUAAUGUCUGCUCACACCAAUACAUUUAAUGAGCAGCAGCACGUAGUGUUUGCAAGUAUUGCUGUAAUUACACCUAAAACAAAGAGAACAAUUUCAUUGAGAAAAUAAUGUAGUUUUGCCAUUUCUCUUCCAGUUUACCUUGGCAAGCAGACAUGAUUUUUAAAAUACAAAGCCCAGUCAGAUUUUGUUUUGGAAGGGAUUCCAAAAAAGAGCCUGGUAAGGGUGAAGUAAUAUUCACAAAGAAAGACAGGUUUUUUAUUUUCUUUUAUCUGAGUCAGAAUUUUUCCCUCAUUAACACAGGUUGACCAGUAAGCUUCUGCCCUUUCAGAAUAAUUCCACUCAUGCUGUUUUAAUGAGUCAUUCCCAGCUUUUUAUUAUGAUUCUCAUAUAAUUAUAUUUCAUAGCAAAGAUACUAGAAGCACAUUCCAUUAAGCACAUUCCAUCAAUAGCAUUAUUUGGCCAGCACCUUGAAUACUACAUCUUCAGCAUACAAGAUGUGGCCCCAAGCCAUUCUGUUGCUUAUAAGGAAAUAAAGAUAUGAUAUGUCAUUUAAUUAUUCCUAUAUCAUUUUUGGAAAUUAUAGCUCAAUAGGUUAAACUCCUCUAAAUAUGGUAUUUCAUUUCCAAAUAUUGCUACCUUCUUCAUUUCCCUACAAAUAUCUUAAUUUGGAAUACCUUGUUAUCAUGCUUAAUAUUUAUUAUGUAGGUAACUCCAAAAGUAAUGCCUUCUAUUUAUUUAUAUGGGAACACCAAAAGAUACAAAGAGCACAGUAACACUGCUCUAUAGAAAAAUUCUCAGCUACAAAACACUGUUUUCUGGUAUAGUCACCACCAGUGGCUAUGCAUUUUCACCAGUGAUGAACAAAAGCCUGCAUGCCAAGCUCAUAACAAUCCGCACCAGUGGAGGUGACCUGCUGUUGCUGUCAUCACUGCUGAAGUGCACCACCCACCACCUCUCCGUGCUCACCCCCACUGCUUGUUCUCCACAAACAUUCAGCAAGCAUCCGUGAAUGUGGGUGCCAUUUUUUUUUGCAUGGAGGAAUUCAGUGGCACACCUUUGGUUCAUACACACCUCCAUGUCAGAUGCUAUUCAGAGUGCCCCUCUGCUGUCGUCUGUUACAUGACAACAAGAUGCAAUGGGAUGUUGGUGGGAAGGCUCAACCUCUAUUGUCAUACCACCAACAUACGUCUCUGAUGUCAUGGACCAACAUAACAUAGGAGGCAUUACUUCUGGAGCAGCCAUUGUAAGUUAUAUAAGUACAAAGUCACAUACUCAUGGCUUGCUAACGCAAGAAGCCUGUUGCUGCAGCUCUCUGCCAUUAUAAGAAACCUCUCACAUUACAGAAAGAAUAAUUAUCACACCAGCUAAUCAGCAAUAACAAAGCAACAGUACUUAUUUAGAAUACAAAACUUUGUUUAUAUAGGCUGAGGUUGUAGGAGGUGGUUCUAUUUUUCAGUAUUAAAACCUGGCAUAAUAAGAAUUCUGAAUGACUAGGAAAAUAAGCUGUUGGUGUAAGAAGUUUUACAGUACAGUUCAUUCCUCUAAAUAUAAUUAACCGUAGUUGAUGUACAUACUUUUUAAAAAUAAAGAGGAUAUAUAAAAUUGAUGUGGAAUGUAGGUGAUUUCAGGACUAGACUGAAUGAUGUCUUUCAAAAUAGGGUAUUUUUCAGAUGGUUUAUCAUGUACAUUUUUUCAUAUACAUUCAACUUGUUCCUUGCUUCAACUGAAAGAUAAUUCCUUUUUAAAGUGUAAUGUGUACAGCUGCUUUCUUUCUUGGACUACUGGAAGAGUCAUCAGGUAGAAGAAAUUCAGUGUGAUCUACAAGUCUGUCUCUUAGAAAUGGGAGAAAUGACAUUUACCUUCCUGGUAAUGUCUUGCUUCUACCAGACAGAAGUUCCUGUUUUGGAAUGCAUACAGCCAACAGCUGAGUACCACAAACCCUUGGAAAUAUCUCUAUCAAGCAGAAACACUUCCAUUCCACUUCUGCAGCCAUAGCAGUUCCUAUAAUAACACGAAUAAGCAAGAGAUAAGGAACAUGGCUGCAGGUCCUACAUUUUUUUUCUUUAAUGCAAUUUAUAUAACUUAUGUAUUUAUAUACUGUGCUAACCAUAUACAUGCAGAAAGUAAAGUAAUUGGAGUACCCGGAAUGGCAAUGCUAUUUGGGAUUAAUCUGUAACAUACAUCACUUUUCCUGCAUUUUUCCCAUUACAGUGAGACUUGGAGAAUGUGCCCAGUCACAUGGUCACCCUAAGUUCAUUCAUAAGUGCCUCGGGUUAACUCAUGUUAGAGUAGUAAAGAAUUUGUUUAAAAGCCCAAGUCACCAGUCAGAGGAAUUGCAAACAAAAGCAAUACUGAGAUAAAGAGAGGAGUGUCAAGUGAGCCAUGCAAAGGGAUUAGGAGGUGGCAGCCCUGCCUGCUGCAGAACGUAGUGUAGCUGAGUUUAAGACACUUGUUAUAAAGAGGCCUCUAGGGACAAAUUAUAAGCGAAAUAACAGCCUUCAUUGUGAAGCACCUUGCUUGUCAAACAUAAGUUAUUUUCACAGUAUUUACAUUGGCACCAUUCUGGGAACAGACAGUAACAGCCUUUGCUUUUUAAUAGCUUUGAAAAUGCUUUAUAGAAGUUUACUUUCAUAAUGAGGCUAUUUCCCAUCUCUGGAUUUUGAGGGAUUAGCUUCCUUGUUUUGCUUUCAAUAGAGACCUAGUAAUCCUGUAGAGACAUUUUCUGCGUCCUGACCUUGGGACAAUCUUUUUUCUUUCUUUACUGAUUCCUAAAAGGAGUCUAUCUGCUCUCUUUUUGCAAUAUUGUAGACAAAAAUGCUUAUAUCUGAUUCUUCUCUGUUAUUUGAAUUUUCAGCUUUGAUACCAUAAUAAAUUGAGGCCCAAUCUUCAUCACACUUAUCACAUCCAUAUAAUUUUUCCUGCGUUAUUACAAGAGCCUAAGUUCAUUCUCUUGGAAAGCAUCAAAACAAAUGAGAGUGAGCACAAACUCAUACAGCUGUGAUAUUUCCCAAAGCAGAUGCUCAGGAAACUUUGCUGAGUCAACAGUAAACAAUGCAACACCAUAAUGAGGUUGAGCAAAUGAAGGCAUGUGGCUUGUUAAAUCAGAGACUUUUCUGCUCUUUAUAGCAGCAAAGAGAAUUCUGGAAGACACUGUCAGACACAGAGUAGAGGAUGGAAAUUCAAAAGCUGGAUUAAGAAAAUCUGAGGAUAAAGGAACAUAAUAUGUUUGUUAAGAAAGAGAAGUAGUAAUCUGAAAUGAGUGAUGUUUUGAGUUUGGCCACCAGUACUCAGCCAUCCCCUUGUGACAUGGAGUUCUCUUGGUUGCCAAGCAGCCUCUGAUUUGUGAUAGCAAGGAUGGGUGCGAUGUGCUCAGUAAAUCAAAGGAUAAAACACUUUAUAAUAAUGCUAUAACAGAAUUUUAUCCUGUGCUGCGCCUCACAAAACACACUCGUGGAAAGUUAGAAGAAACGCCUAAUUCUACUGCACUCACCUCUUUACAAAUCUGCCUUGAUCCCAUAGCUAUUCUCUGAUUUCUCUCUUCAUAUGGUGCUGCUGGACUCUGCUAUUAUUAGUGUACGGUUAAGAAGUAAUAUAAGUACUGUAUUUAUUACACCAAGAGUUUCUAAUAAUUAUUAACAGUUUUGAAAAUAAAUUGUGUCUGCUUAGCUGAACAAGAUAUAACAGAGCUAACAUUUUGUAUUCCUAACAAAUUUUGCGUAUAGUAUGGUGUAUAUUUAUUUCACACAAAAUUCUGGGUUGUUAUUUGAAACCCGAACUCAAAAAAUGGACCAACUUUCUGAAUACUUAGUUUCUGGCAUUCAAUUUCAGUAGUAAAAGCAUAUACGAUGUAUUAACUUAAAUAUAUUAGAGAUGCUGCUGUACUUUUUGUUGAAAUGGAUCUGGAGUUCUUGGCACCUUUGCUACUUUACAAAAUAAACACAUGGGGAUGAUCUGA